AUGAAUAUUGAUCCAUUUAAUCUAUUUUAUGAGGAAUUCAAAUAUAAAUUAAAAAAACACAAUAUUACAUGUCCCCAUCCUGAAACACAGUAACUUGCAAGAAAAGAGUGGGAAUAAAUGAGUGAAAUGGAACAAUUUCGAUUUGUGUAUAUAGCAAAGAGGUAAGAUGAGGCAUAUUUAAAUUUCAAAAAAAAAAAUGAAAUCAAUCAGCAAAAUACUAAUUAACCCACCAAAAUGAGCAAACAAGAUUAAAAAUCUCUUAAACAUCAAUUCCAAAUCAAUUAUUGUAAAAAUGAGAAUUGUGAAAGCUAAGCGGAAAGAAUUGAAGAAGAACUGCUAAAAAUGUACUAAGAUAUAACUAUAAAUCGUUAUGCAAUAAUAGGAAAUUUUGGGGCUGUUAGUUUAUUUGGAAUAUAAGAAAAAAGGUAAUCGGUUUUAAUUUGGCACACAUUAAUAGAUGGUCCUAUUAAGAAAUAUUAAUUAAAAGAUUUGCAUCAAAAAGUUUAGAAGUUUCUCACUCCUUGA